GGGUUCCCCUGAGAUCCUAGCACAUCGCCUAACGGAAGCAUCUAGGGAUAACACCAGGAUUUAGUCGUGAGUCACUCAACUUUGUCAACGAACAACGAAAUGCUGAAGUUUACAAUUCUUGCUAUCCUCCUGGGAGUGAGUUCGGCGGCACCAGCGGCUGAACCCGUUGCAGCUCCACACAGCAAUCCUGAACCAGCACAGCCUGCACAACCAGCACCACUUGCUUACAGUGCAGCAGCAGCACCAGCAGCUGCUCCAUCAGCACCAAUUGCCUAUAGUGCACCAGCUCCAGGAGGUGCUGCACCAUUGGCAUCGAUUGGUUACACCGGAGCAGCCGGUGGUAUCGAGGCGAAAUCCGCUGAUCCCAGUAUCGAAGCCAAAGCGUCACUCCAUCAGGAGGCACCAGCUCAUGUAGCUCAUAUUGCACCGAGUGCUGUUCAGGGGGAUCAGCCCAUUCUAUCGCAAGCACCUGUUGAGGCUGAGGGACAAACUGCAGCUAUUUCAGCACAAGUUCCAUCUGCCAAACAGCUUCUUCUCGCUGAUGCUCCACUCCUCAAAACACCAGCCUCCACUGCCAAAUUGACACCUCUCGCUGCACCUAUAAUUGCACCAAUAUCACCACUGGCUUAUGCCGCCGCUGGUCCCGCCAUCCUUGCACCGUUCCCGGCUUGGAAUGGUCUCACCGCAUAUCCCGCGACUUACUCGAUUGAGCAGCACGGCUACCACAUUACCUACUGAUUUAUUUUUUUUUUUUUCAUUUGAAAAUUUCUUUCGAGUUUUGAUGAUUAAUUAACGGUCGUCGGUAUCUCAUGGCAAGCCGAUCACUAGCUGCUUGAUGAAUGAAAUACAUUCUCUACGCUCGGAAAUCGGUACUUCAGAUUUCUACUCCCUGCAACUAUUCAUUUAUCGUCAGUCGCAAUGAUAAUGUGUUUUGAGAGUUUUAUGGAAAAUUUAUUGAAUAAAGAAUGACUUUUUUUAUUUAAA